UCCAAAUUAGGGACGCAGAUAAAGAGACAAAGCCAAAACUGCGGUUUAAUCAGUACAGGUAGCGGCUAUUCCAGCUUAGUAUCAUUAAUUCCUGUCUCAUAGUCUUUGCUCCCUGCUCUUGACGUUGCAGCGCCAGCCUGUCUUUCGGGCCAAACCUCAAGUAGGCAAGUCGCACCAUGUGAAUUGGUUGAUUCUUUGGCGGCUCAUUUUGCCCACAAGGCUAGAGAUUAUCGUUCACCAGAAAAGCUCGACGGAUCCUGGACAAACAUUUUUCCGUCGUGAACGUCAACGUACUUAUGGUCUUCAGUCACCACGAAUUCUUCCCCGCUGCGGAUAUAUAUACUCACACUUAUUCCUUCCACAAGCCCCUUCCCAACGGCGAACCAACUCUUUCUUUUCUUUAGUCGGUCUACCCAUAUACUUUCCAUACCUCAGCUUCCUUACACUAAAAGUCGUUUUCAAGUCUACGCUCGAUACAUCUCACUACAUCCGCAAAAAUGCCGCCCAAGUACAACGAGAAACACGAGCCCGCGAAUAAUUUUGUCGGGAGCCCUUGGCAAAGCGGUCAGACCUUCAAUGAUACCUCGCUCCUCCCAUUUUUACGCGCAUAUACGCGCAUGAAUAGUAGGGACGCAGGCGGAGGCGAUAGACAAUUUAACGAUGAAUUCAACUUCGCUCGCCGCAUAGUUGAGGAGCUGAACCGCCUCCACGGAGGCCCUCCUGAGUUCAUCCAUGAACUAGUGUACUCAAUCGCCAAUCCAACCUCUGACCAACGGCCGAUGUACCCGACGUUGCGCUCUCAGGGAGUGAGCGACCAAGUGGCAUACCAGAACCGGAUCAUUGUAUCUGUUCUUCUGAUGACACAUGCCACGACUGAUCGGGAAGGCGACGGAGGCAUAACGCGUGGAGGUCUCUGGCUUCCACCGCGUCAACAGGCCCGCGAAGCACAGGAGGCAGCUGCGCAGCGAGGCCACGCAGUUCAGUAUCCUACUUGGUCUCGGGAUGAGGCAGUGGCAAGCACCCCAGCACGAAACGCGAACUGGACCGCUACAGGCCAACCUCCGCGGCAAACUCAAGAUAAUGCUCUCCGUUAUUGCGGAUCUCAGGGCUUCGACAAUGCCGUGGGGAGCCUUCCCCCGUUCUUCCUAGAUUGGGCGCCUACACCUCACUCAAUGCGCGGCCAUCCCUCACCUGGAGUCUUUUCUGGUCCGCCUUCUGCAAUUCUCGGAGGCCAUCAGUGGUCAUAUCGCGGCCCUCACUGGCACGCUUCGAAUUCCAGCCUCCACAGCGAGUAUAGCGCACCUCCGCCACCUGAUUCCCAGUCGCGGCCCAAUUACGUUCAGGAUACGCUGCGAGCCGGCCUCAAUCUCACCCAUCAAGCUGUGCGACAUGGUAACAAGUCAUCCCCGUACGAGACUGCAACUUCCAAUGGUCGCCAGCUUGCCGACCGUCGCUUCUGGCAGCCUUCAAAACCACCCACGACCCAGACCCGUCAGCCAUCAGCAUACGUCCCGCCUCCGCCUAGUCUCGAAGGCAUUGACCGCAUCUCUGCGCUCGUAACUGAGAUGGCUUCACCAGCUAGAACCGCCCAGCCACCGAUUGGUUCUGAUCGCCCGCGUCACGAUUGUCAUCGCCACGGGGGUAGUCGCAACAGCCGCGGCGAGGGCGCUCGUGGUACCCCAAGUCGUCCUCCCCCUAGAAGCGGAAGUCGCAGCGGUUGCCCUCGCAGUAGGCGUGACGACCAGGGAUAGUGAUCGCUAAACACCCAUUGAACCUGACUAUGGUCUCUCUUAGUGGCAUAUACUAGCUACCUGGAUGGAUACACCGAGGGUUAGCAUGGUCCUUUUCUGGGAAGCGAUCGACUACCGAAAAUAAAACCCCGAAGGGAGGUGUAUAUAACAGAAAAAGGGGGCUGGUCGUUGUGACAUCGAACUCUUGUUGCGGCACUUUCCAGGUACCUUGUGUGCAACUAGAAACAAGGGAAAUACGAGGCUGAAGAUGGUUUUCGAUAUUUCUAAAGUUUGCUCACGAUAGUAUUUAGGCAGCCUCUGGCCAGUAUCUUCUUUUCCCCAGCAUGACUUGCAUUUUGCACUCAUGAAGCUAGCAUCGACAUCUCUUGUCUUUUGCUCCCAGCGCACUAUAAUUCACAGCACUAAUACAUUCCCGAAUCC